AUGGCACAGGAAACAGUACGAUUCGCCGCGAUAGAGCGGCAGCCUCAGGAGAUGCGAGAGAAGGCGCGGGGGCGGGAUGUGUUCUUCUCGACGGCAAGGGUGGAGGAGAGGCCGUACUCGGUAUACACCGAGUUCAUGGAGUCGGAUACCGAGAUUGAGCAAGAGGACGAUCACGAAGACGACUCGGAGGUGUACAGCGAGUUUGGGGAUCUGGAAGGGAUAGACGAGGGCGAAUGCUCACCUCGCAUCAGCAUCGGCUCGGACGAGGUUCACACACCCAGCUCGCUGCGGCACCGGCCGUUUUUGUUCGACCAUGACGCAAAGCAGCAAGUGGAGGGACCCAGAGGACCUCACUUGUUUCGCAGUUCCAUGUCCUCGGCGCAGUCGAUCGAGCUUCAGCAUGCGCUCUCACUCUCACCCGUCACGCCGAAGAACCCGCAUCUGAUGGACCUGCAACUUCAAAACUUCCAUCCUACUCCCCUCCCCAGGAAGAGGCGCGACACCGGCCCCUUUCAAUUCACGGACGAGGAACUUGACACCUCGGCCCUUCCCGACUGGACCCCGGAAAUGGUCGCCCAACAAAUGCUCAACGCCGGCGUUGAGCUUGCCGCCUCGGAGAGAUUUGUGGAGAACGAUAUCAACGGCGCCAUCCUCAUCACGUUGAAGUUUGAGGACCUGAAAGAGCUUGGGAUCGCCUCGUUUGGCGUGAGGACACAAAUAUGGGACGAGAUCCACAAGAUAAGGGAUCUCAAGAAGCCGGAGCCAAUGCCGGAGACCCCUAUCGAAGACGAGCCGGACAAGAAGGUGAAGAGGGAGCUGCGAAGGCAGGAGAGCGGUGCUGGAAGCCGAAAGCAAAAGCCGCGCGUAAAGGUGAACGACGUCAUCUCCCCUCUGGAAUCAGUGUCGAUCGUGGGCAUUGAGCAGGUCCUGCCAAAGCCCCAUACCUGCUCGAAGGGGGAGAACUGCGCCAAGUGGAAGCGGAAUCAGCGGUUGAUGGAGGCUUUCAAGAAGGAUCACCCCUUCAUCAACGACAAUGGUAUCAUCAUGGUCGCUGGCGACCCCGGAAACCCGGAGACGGCCGGCGCCAUUGUAGCGAGCGAUGACUUCCGUCCCGUAUCAGACGCUGUGCCCUCGGUGGUCGCUUCGUCGGAUGUCAUGGGCCCAGGCAGCUUGCCGCCCCUUCAAUAUCUUCAGGAGGCCGCGCUACGCAAUCUCAAAGCAAGAGACCCCCAGGAAAACGUUCGGCAGUUCCUCGACUUCCAACGCCCGCACGCCGGCGCCUCCAGUGAGGUUCCUCCGACACCCCCGUUUGAGAUCUUCCCCCAGGGCAACCAGAAAGCGGCACACGCAGGACUCCGGGGUCUCCCGAAGCUUGCUAUCCCUUCUCAAACAGCGGUCACCGCUCAGAGGCGGGAGCCACAAUCGGCACAGGCCCGGUCUGCUCGCCCCGUAUCGCAAGUCAUCCCGUCAUUCCGGGAGCUCAGCCCGUCCUCCGAUGAGGGUACCCCCACCCCCACCGCACCGUACCGGUUCGGCACUCCCUUCUCAGACAUGGAUGUUCCUAUCACGAUUACAGAGCUUCCUCCUGUCUCGCGCGACUUCUCCCAGUCAGUCCCGCCAGACAUGAACUACCGUCACAACCCGGCGCCCCGUUCCAUGUCGCGCAACACCAUCCGCCGGCCGUCCUUUCCCGUCAUGCCGGCGCUGGACGAGAACUCGAUCGUGACUCCCCUUACCAAAGCACCCAACGGUUCUUUCUCUCAGCGCGUCGGUCAGCGUCCGCUCCAAGCACCUCCCCGUGCUCAAUACCCCUGGACGCAGACGGAGCGCCCGACCCUCGAGAAGGCCGUCCCUCCCAUGCCAGGCUCCGCGGCCACCAGCACAAACACCACCACCACCACCAGCACGGUAAAAACGGUCAACAUCAACGGCCGGCUGUCCCCCAUCAGCGACAAGCCCCAAGUCGACAUGACCGGCGGCAGCGCCAUCUCCUAUCAGGGCCUGAUGCGCAAGCGCAAGACCAAGAUGCUUCGGCACGAGUGGCACGAGCACUUCUUCACGCUCCGCGGCACCCGCCUGACCAUGCACAACAAGGACGCCGCGACGGCCGCCGCCGCCACCGCCAACAUGAACAAGACACUUGAGUACAUCGACAUUGACGACUACGCCAUCGCAUGCGGCGGCGCCGCCAGCGGCUCCAAGCUGAACGCCGCGUUCAAGGCCAUGCACAUCCGCCGGAGCAGCGACGACGCCAAGGCCAAGGGCGACGUCGCCGCCUUCAGCUUCCAGCUGAUCCCGCAGGACGCCAAGGGCGGCAUGCGGCUCAAGAAGCGCGAGAGCGUCGUCCCGGGCAGCGCGUCCUCGGCGGCCGCCGCGGGCAAGGACAAGGACGUGCCGCCUCCCAUUGAGGGCGCGGCCAACGGCACGGGCAAGACGCAUCACUUUGCGGUCAAGGGCAGAGAUGAGCGCAUCGAUUGGAUGCGUGAGCUGAUGCUGGCAAAGGCGAAGAAGCAGAAGGGUGAGGGGUUUGAGGGGAUGAACGGUUUGAGGGACUAG